GUUGAGGGCUGCAGGAAGCCCGGCGUGUCUGGCAUUUAGAGUCUGUGGCGUCCAUGAUACCUGACACCUUAUCGGGUCUCGCCACUAUAUAACUUGACGUCGACAGACCACGCAUCUACUCCCUUUUCCAACGUCGUUGCGCUCUCUCCCUUCUCAGAUCACCUCAGUGUCCUUGUCGCUCGGUCUGUAUUCGCAGACGGACGCGCGCAUCAUGAAUUCAGCCACCGCGACCAGCAUCGAGGCCUCGGAUGGCGCGCCAUCCAGCACCAUUGCCCGGCGCACUGGUGUCGACGUCACCGACCGCGAGCCGCAGAACCCAAGCAACGGGGCCGCUACAAAGCAAACCGAGAAGCCAUCGCAAAAGUACAGGCACGUCGCCGCGGUGCACUCCAAAACGAGGCCGUCAUGCCUGAGCCACGACUCGGACACUGCUCCCAGCUUCCUCGGCUUCCGAAAUCUCAUGGUUAUCGUCUUAGUGGUCGGCAACCUGCGAUUGAUGAUUGAAAACAUCCAAAAGUACGGUGUUUUGAUUUGCUUGAAAUGCCAUGAUUACAGUCGACAGGACGUCUUCCUCGGGCUUUCGCUCUACUUCCUCAUCCCAUGCCAUCUCAUUGCGGCAUACCUAAUUGAACUUGCUGCCGCCCAGCAGGCGCGAGGAUCAAUCAAGCGAAUCAAGGAGAAUUCUGGUCCCUCCGAGGCAGAGCGAAAGAAGUUCAACUCGACCUGGAUCGUCGUGGCCUGGGCACACACCAUCAAUAUUUCACUCGCUCUCACCAUCACCACUCUUGUCGUCUAUUUCAAGGUUCACCAUCCUCUCAUUGGCACACUGACUGAAAUGCACGCCGUGGUUGUUUGGUUGAAGACUGCCUCGUACGCAUUCACCAAUCGCGACCUGCGCCAUGCCUACCUCCAUCCCGUCAAGGGAGAGCGCGAGCUUGUUCCCAAGCUCUAUGAGCAGUGCCCAUAUCCGCAGAACAUCACCAUUGGCAACUUGAUCUACUUCUGGUGGGCUCCUACUCUGGUUUACCAACCCGUCUACCCCCGAACAGAUACAAUCAGGUGGGGUUUUGUGCUUAAGAGACUGGGGGAAAUCUUCUGUCUCAGUGCUUUCAUCUGGUUCGCUAGUGCUCAGUACGCGGCGCCCGUUCUGCGAAACUCCCUCGAUAAGAUUGCAUCCUUGGACAUUCCGUCCAUCCUAGAGCGAUUGAUGAAGCUCUCCACCAUCUCGCUCGUCAUUUGGCUAGCCGGGUUCUUUGCCCUCUUCCAGUCUUUCCUCAAUGCCCUCGCCGAAAUCCUAAGAUUCGGCGACAGGUCAUUCUACGAUGACUGGUGGAAUAGUGAAAGUCUGGGCGCUUACUGGCGGACCUGGAACAAGCCAGUCUACACAUACUUUAAGCGCCAUGUGUACAUGCCCAUGAUCGCGCGCGGUUGGAGCCCCCAAGCUGCCAGCUUGGCUGUCUUCUUUGUCUCUGCCGUUCUCCAUGAGAUCCUCGUUGGCGUUCCAACCCACAAUAUCAUCGGUGAGUCACCACAAUCAGACAGCUUUCACGAGUUUCAACUGACCAUCCUAGGGGUUGCCUUCCUCGGAAUGUUUCUACAGCUCCCACUAAUUGCCAUCACCCGACCUCUGGAGAAAAUGAAGCAUGGAAAUACUGGAAAGUUGAUUGGAAACAUCACAUUUUGGGUUUCAUUCACCAUUUUUGGACAACCCUUUGCGGCGUUGAUGUAUUUUUAUGCUUGGCAGGCCAAGUAUGGCAGUGUCAGCAAGAGCAUGACGCCAGUUGGCCGAUGAGUGUCGACAUUCGCAGAGCACGGAUCGCAAACUCAGUAGAUGCUAAUUAGCUGGUAUAAUUGGGACCUUAUCUGUUUACCAUUAUAUUUAUAUCCAAAAAUACGUU